AAUGAUCCUUCAGAGGCCACCAUUCCUACAUUUAUGUGAAUAUUUGCAAGCCUGUAAAGAGCAGAACUAGCAGCUUGGCUCUGUUCACUGGGUCACUGGGUUGUUUCCCUUGAGCUGUGAAACAAGAUCUUCUCUGCCGGCUGAGCAGUCUCUCUCUCUUUCCGUCUCUGUUAUUUCCACCUUCUUACCAGAACAGAAAUGUGUUCGCCGGAUGUGGUUGCCACCAGCCCUGAGCCAAUUUCUUAGUAAUGCUCUUGCAUCUUCUCCCCAUCUGAGAUCUGCUGCUUUCUGCAACGGAAAUAUAGAGUUUCCUAUUAUCCACGUUUUUCACUUAUCCCUGAUUUUGCAAAGCGUCUGAAUCACCUGCAAAACUUACUGAAGAUUUAGUCCCUCUCUGGGAGUCCAACUACCGAAGGACUUAAAACAGAAAACAUUGCAGGGCGAGGAAAUGUCUAACCCAUUAAAGCAGGUUUUCAACAAGGACCGAACGUUCCGCCCGAAGCGGAAAUUUGAACCCGGGACGCAACGCUUCGAGCUCCACAAAAAGGCCCAGGCAUCACUCAACGCUGGGUUGGAUUUGAAGCUGGCGGUGCAGCUGCCGCGCGAUGAGGAGCUGAAUGACUGGGUGGCGGUUCAUGUGGUGGACUUUUUCAACCGGAUCAACCUCAUCUACGGGACGGUCAGCGACUGUUGCACGGAGCAGUCCUGUCCAGUCAUGUCUGGUGGUCCGAAGUAUGAAUACCGGUGGCAGGAUGAGAAACACCGUAAGCCAACCGCCCUUUCCGCUCCCAAAUAUAUGGAUCUCCUCAUGGACUGGAUUGAGGUACAGAUCAACAACGAAGACCUCUUUCCUACAAAUGUCGGUACUCCCUUUCCCAAGAACUUCCUCCAGAUGGUGAAGAAGAUCCUCUCCCGCCUGUUCCGCGUCUUCGUCCAUGUCUACAUCCACCACUUCGACCGCAUCGCCCAAAUGGGCUCAGAGGCUCAUGUGAACACUUGCUACAAGCAUUUCUACUAUUUUGUCAAAGAGUUCAACCUCAUAGAGACCAAGGAAUUGGAGCCACUGAAGGAAAUGACCUCCCGGAUGUGCCACUGACCUUUGGGGACCCUUCCUACCACUUUGUGAGCCAGGCCUGCCCCACGGGCAUCUCUUUCUCAGGACUAUGGAACUCCUCUCCACUGCGUAGUGUGCCAGCAUGGACACUUCCCUUUGAAAAACGGCAAUAAUCGUAGUAAUUAUGUGUAUCUUCGUAAUGUUAAAAAUUAUUUUUGGCGCUCCUAGUGCAAGGGUGGGCAACUGUCAGCUCCAGAGCAGACCCCAAAACAUGGGUUAUACUGGACUCUCUACUCGAAUGUUUUGGGGGAACAAGGAAAAUCCCCAAAAAUUGGGGACCCAUCCAAGUGCAACUGUUUUAUGAGAUUCUUUUCUUCAUUGGAUUAUUGAUAGAGACGUAUAUGUUUUAAAGAAAUUGUGAAUCUUUGGGGAAAGGACCACUGUUAAAUAUAAUAUAUAUGUAUAUAUUUUUAAGGCUGACAGUCUUUUUUUUUCUAUUACCCCAAGCCAUCUCUAGGACUCAGAUGUGGGGUGGUGGGGUGAAGAGGGGUGCAAUUUUCUCAGCCCCCAAAUUCCUAUUUUCAACAGGGUUCAGGAUUUGUCUGUUGGGUCACAAGAAGCCUUUGAGUCAGCCAAAUAAUUCAGAUUUGUGUCUCGGUAAGUUUUGAAAGGAGAGUUUAGCAGUUAGCUACCCCAGUCGGACACAUUGGAAACCAAUAGAGUUUUGGGGAUAUUUUUAAAGGGAAAUAAAACUUCUGCAGAACCCUGUU